AUGCCCGGUAAUAUUCAGAAAAAUUUCUGGAUUACGACGACGACGGCGACUCAACAACCCAAGAAUUCUUUUACAGUCGUCCCGCCGGCACAGGACCGGUGCCAAGUCGAGGAGAGGGCGAGGAUCCGGUGCGGACACUCGGAUGUGACCCCAGAGCAGUGUCAGAGCAUAGACUGCUGCUAUGAUGGCCAGCGGUGCUACUAUGGGAAAGCAGUGACUUUGCAGUGCACCAGGGAUGGGCAGUUUGUGGUGGUUGUGGCCAGAGAUGCCACUUUGCCGCACAUUGAUGUGGAGACCGUGAGUCUGCUGGAGUCUGGGCACGAGUCCUGCAGUCCGGCCGCAGUCACAGCCGCCUUCACCAUCUUUCAAUUUGCAGUGACUCGCUGCGGGACCAGGAUAUCUGAGGAAGAUGGCUACAUUGUUUAUGAGAACCACAUGUCUUCUGCGUACGAAGUGGGAAUUGGACCAAAGGGAUCGAUCACCAGAGACAGCCAUUUUGAGCUGCUGUUUCAGUGCCGCUAUUCGGGCUCUGCGGCCCAGGCUCUUGUCAUGGAGGUAAAUGAUGUCCCUGCACCACUGCCUGUGGCCGCCGCAGGGCCUCUUCGGGUCGAGCUCCGACUGGGAAGCGGCCAAUGUCAUGGAAAAGGAUGUGUCGCGGAGGUGGCAGCGUAUAGUUCGUACUACACUCAGUCAGACUAUCCCAUCACUAAAGUCCUCAGAGACCCGGUCUAUGUGGAGGUGCGCCUUCUGGAGAGGACUGAUCCUAAUGUGGUCCUCACUCUGCAGCACUGCUGGGCCACAGCUGGACCAAACCCCAGCAGCCAGCCUCAGUGGGACCUUCUGCUUAAUGGGUGUCCUUACUCUGAAGACAACUAUAUGACCAAAGUGGUGCCUGUCGAUGCUAAUUCCGGCCUUUCUUAUCCAACACAUUACAAGCGCUUCAUUGUGAAGAUGUUCACGUUUGUAGAUCAGGCCAGCUAUAGUCCACACCAGGACACUGUGUUUAUCCACUGUUCGACAGCCGUCUGCUAUCCCAGCAGUGUAGACUCCUGUCAGCCACAGUGCCACAGGCAAAGGAGAAGCGCUGUUUCCUCACGCCAGAAAGCACUGGUGUCGAGCAAGCAGCUGAUCCUGACCAGUGACCUGCCCUUUAGAUCGAGCCAGAGAGAAGGUUACAACUGCAACAGCUCCCCUCCGCAUCUCCUCUGUCCUACACCAAUUUUCCCCCCCACACGCCCCCUAUGCUCAUUUGGAUGGGCCUCACGCCGCCUCCAGACUUCUUUCUGCUCUCAUGAACAGGGGGUGCAGGCGGAAAGCAGAGCCGGCAGACUGGCAAAGACAGGAUGCGCACCACUAUGCCCCCACCUGUAG